CUCAACAUUCAUACUGGCGCGCCAACAGUCUCCGCCAGUUCUAUAUUGAUUCUACUAGGUUUCUUCGGUCUUUACAAGCAUGUUCGCCCCAAGUAUAACUACCACAAAAAUUCGUUGUGGUCCCUUCAAUCGCCCUUAUUCUCUACACCUUAA